AUGCGGACUAGGCAUCAAGCUGAGGAGGAAAAGGCCAAAGAGGACACUUCAAAGAGCACCACACCCAGUGCCGCCAAAAGCAAGGGCCGCAGCAACGGUUCAGCAGAGGCAAAAGCAUCUACCGAGGUGAAAGGAAAGGGGUCAGCUGCCGCGAGAAAGAGAAAAGCCAAUGCGGGAAGCGAUGCACUAGGCGCAGCAGAGGAGCAGAAUCCUGAUCAGGCAGCACAUCCUCCUGCGAUUGAGCAACAUGCAGUGCCUAAGAAGGCAAAGGUGUCCCAGAAGAAGGCUGCCAAGGGCAAAGCAGCACCUACCGAACUCCCAGCAGAGACAGGUGCCACAGAAGUCCAGGUUGAGGAAGUGCAGACCGAGGAAGAGCAGCCAAAGAAGAGGAGCAGAAACGCUGCAGCAGCCUGUCGCAGGGCAAAGAAGGCAGCUGCUGCAGAAGCUGUUGCACCACCAAUUGGCAAUGCAGCAGGCCUUGAUGCAGCAGACACAGAAGAUGCAUCACCUGACACUGCAGAAGCGCCCGAAGCACGGGAAGGCAGUCCAAGUGGACUGGAGGCAGACACAGUACAGGCUCCUGUUGGUGUGACUGCCUUGGGAGCAGCAGCGGAUGACGAUGAUGAAGCACCAGAAGAGGUGACUCUGGCGGCCGGGCGCGCCGGGGCGGCGGCCGAGCGGCGCGAGGAGCGCGAAAUGGCGGCCCAACAGAAGCGGGCCGCCAAAGAGAAGGGCCGGCGCAGGGCCGCACUCGCAGAAGCCGAGCGCGAUGCGAGGCUGGCAACACAGCGGCAGGAGGCGGUGGCGAGUGGGCGGCUGGACCAGGAGGAAGGGGCAGCUGAGGAAGAUGAGGAAGAAUAUGGGGAGGACGAUCUGCUGCCAGCAGAUGUGGUGGAAGCUCUCGCCCAGCGCGCCAGGGAGGCUGCAGCUGCGCAGCCGGCAGCAACAGCAGAGGCGCAGCCGCUGGCAGCUGCCAGGAAGCCGAAGAAGCGGGGGGACAAGUCCCAGCCCAAGAAAGUGGGGCCAUUUCUCGUGCAGCCGCUGUCCGGACUCCCACAAAAUAUAGCCUCAGAGGCAGCGCGGCAGUUUGUGCAGCAGCGGAUGUUUGGGAAGGGCGUGAAGCGCUCUGCAGAGAUGCUGGUGCACAGCACAGCGCGCUAUUAUGGGCCAUCGCUCACCUUCUAG